UCUGGUCUUUGCUAAAAUCACCAAGGAAAACAACAAACACAACAGUAGGAGAAAACAUGGGACAUGGCCAAGAACACAGGACCAGAGAUGACGCUCAAGUUGAGAUUCAGGAAAAAGGGGAAAUAUUCUUCUUCUAUAAGCCGAAAGUGAACAAGGAGGAAGUUCACAGUGUGGACGAUGUGCAGCGGUUGUAUAUCGUAUUGCGACCGGAGUCCGGUGAGAGAGCAGUCGAAGAGAAGCAAGACCCUCACUCUGGCAAGGAGGGUGCCAAAUCAGAGUCAGAUGAAGAACAACCUCAUCGAAAUGAAGGCGGGCAGGGCAGCCAGAAAGUAAAUAUGGAGGAAGAGCCAUUGUUACGGUUCAUUGUUAUGGGGAGGAAGAAACUACCAGAUCCAAGCAAGAAGUCCCAAUCUUUCUGGGGUUUUGUGGAGUUAGUGACUACAAAGAUAGAAGAUGUGAAAAAUGCUCUAAAAGGAGAGGAAUACGAUACAUCAUCGAUAGGUCACCGACAUGUUCCUCCGGCGAGAGCAGUGGGAGAAGGUGUUUACCGUAUCCUGAGGCACAAUCCUAAUAACAAAAUGCACACUCAUCUGAUAUACAAACUUGAAUUCCCACAGCCAAAAGAAGAAGAAGAAGAGAAUGAGCCCCAAGAAUCUCUCAACAUCGAGCGAGAAGGCUCGUUCUUGAUACAAAUAAACAACCCAUCAAAAGCUACCAAUUCCGAGUUCAGGGGAGUCCGAAAAAAGCGCAAGGCAGUCUUCCCCGCUCACCUGCAAGGCCAGCUGGGGAAAAACAAGUACCAUCCGGCUGAUCCACCCGACCUUUUGAACUACGAAGGAUGCGAGCUGUUACUUAUUUCGGCAUCCGAUGAUAUCGAUGAGGAACUGGGUUUGGAACUGGAGACCGAAGGGGAAGCAGACCCUUCUUGUUCGGAUUUGGUGAGGACUUUUGGGGACACUGCAUCAACUACUCCACUCUUCAAGGGAAUUUGGGCUUGAAUGGUGCAAUAACUAUGGCGUUU